AUGGGUGUACAACUCAAAGGAAAUGGCCAUGGGGAGGCGCCCAUGAAUCCUACGAUUGCGGUCCCUCUAUUCGUUGUCGGUGGACUUCUCGCCAUCUUGUUCGCCUGGAAAAGCGCUAUUCGCCUUCGACACCGUCAACGCUCUAAAGAGGCACGGACAGGAAUCGACCAAACACAGCUGUCACGGACAAAUAGCUUUAACGCGGCCCUAAAGAAGCACUUCCUAUAUGCUCCGCUAUGGGGUAAUCGCCAUAGUCGCGAGUUCCGCUUCCUCAGACUCCACAUGGGAUCGCUUCCACUGCGGCUAGAAGUGAUCUGCCUUUUAGCGUACCUCGGCUUGAACAUCAUCUUCAUCAUUGUGACAGUUGAUUGGUGGAUUAGUGAUUACUCCAAGAAGAUGUUCCAGCUCAAGUACUCUGCAGGCCACCUGGCUGUCAUGAAUACACCAGGUUUGGUCUUGAGUGCUGGGCGGAACAACCCACUGAUCCAGCUGCUUGGCAUCUCCUUUGAUAGCUUCAACUACAUGCAUCGCUGGGUGGGACGUGUGAUUGCCGCCAAUGCGGUGAUUCACAUGAGUGCAGUGUUGGCCAACCAGGCUUACAUGCACGGCACGGAAUAUGUUCUCUAUAUCAUCUGGCAACAGCGCCUCUACAUCUGUGGCCUUGUGGCUAUUCUCGGCUUCCUUUUCAUUGUUGUUCAAUCACUAUCGCCGGUCCGACAUUCCUUCUACGAACUAUUCCUUCACCUUCAUAUUGCUUUGGCAGUGAUGUCCUUCGUCGCUCUGUGGUAUCACCUUCAGAACCUAUUGCAACAGCAAGUGCUCUUGGGUACUUUGAUUCUAUGGGGUCUCGAUCGCGCAGGUCGACUUGGUAUCCUCCUCUGGAGAAACAUUGGUAGACAACCCACUACUGCCACUAUUGAAGCUUUGCCUGGGUCUGUCGCCCGUGUUGAUGUCGCUGUCUCUCGAGCCUGGCGCUUCCGCCCUGGUCAGUACAUGUAUCUAUACAUGCCGUGCUUGGGCUUGUGGACAUCACAUCCCUUCACUGUGGCAUGGACAUCUACUGGCUCGGAUUCUUUGAAUUUGGGCGAGAAGCGCAGCUCAAGUGACUCCUUGAAGGCUCUCAUUGGAGGGUCGGAGACUACUACCAUGUCUGUUCUGAUCAAGGGACAGGAUGGAUUUACGAAGAGACUUCUUCAAAAAGCGGAGGAAUCCGCCGAGGGACGGAUCAAAGCUCUGGCUUUGGCAGAGGGACCAUUUGGUGGUAUCCAUUCUCUCAACUCAUACGGCACUCUGCUUUUAAUCGCUGGCGGCAUUGGCAUUACCCACCCAAUGUCGUACCUGAACGAGGUCGUUGGCACCUUUGCCGAGCAGAAAACAGCUACUCGCAAAGUGCAUCUGGUUUGGAUCGUUCGUAGUUUAGACCACCUCACAUGGAUCCAAACAUUCAUGGAAGAGAUCCUUGGCCACGACUCUCUAUCAAGUCCAAUUAACCAGAACGGCCACUCAUACUUCCAAUUUCCCAAGCUUCUAUUAUCUAUCAGUCUCCACAUCACAGCACACAAAGAUACAGUGGAAGAAUAUAUCCCCACACCAUCGACACCAUGGACGCAAUCCGCUCCGCCAAGCGUCCCAGUCAGCAUUCACCAUGGCAAACCUUGUAUCCAAUCUGUCUUAGAAAAGGAAAAGGCAGAGCAAAUAGGUGCCAUGGCGGUUAGCGUCUGCGGCCCUGGUGGCCUCGGCGAUAGUGUGCGUGAAGCUGUGCGGAAUGUUCAAGGCGAGAAAACGGUUGAUCUGUUCGAAGAAACUUUCUCGUGGUAG